AUGGAGCUGACAUGGACAGGAGUUCUGCUUCUUCUCUGUGUACUCUUCACCCUUUUCUCAUCUUUCCAAAUGUACAAGAAAAAAAGGCAGCUGCCUGCUGGACCUACUCCAUGGCCUAUUCUGGGGAACCUCUUGCAGCAAGAUAUACUACCUCUGUAUAAAACCUAUGAAAAGCUUAUUGGACAGUAUGGUCCUAUCUUUACCAUCUGGAUUGGAUCAAAACCAAUGGUUGCGAUCUGUGGAUAUGAGAUGAUAAAAGAUGCUUUGAUAGAUCAUGCAGAAGAAUUUAGUGGACGUAUUAUUGUGCCCACCAUUGAGCGAAUAUUCCGUAAUCAUGGUCUGGCCACUGCUAAUGAGAGAAAAUGGAAGGAGAUGAGAUAUUUCAUUCUAUCUACCUUGAGAAAUUUUGGGAUGGGGAAGAAACAAAUGUCUGAAAGAGUGCAGGAGGAAGCCUCUUUUCUAGUGGAGGAAGUAGACAGCAUGCAAGGGCAGUCUUUUGAACUAAAAAGAAAAUGUACAAGUGCUGUUUCUAAUGUAAUCUGUGCAGUUGUCUUCGGCAAUCGAUUUGAUUACAAAGAUCAAACGUUCAUGGAGAACCAACAUACUGUAGAAUCUUUAUUAAAACUCUGCAGUAAUUUCACAGGAAUGGUGUACAAUAGUUUCCCAAAAAUAAUGGAAUAUUUUCCUGGACAACACACAAAGACUUUUGCUGAAAUUGAAAAACUCUGUGACUUUAUCCAUGAAAAAGUGGCACUUCACCAGAAAACACUGGAUAUUCAGGAACCCCGUGACUUUAUUGAUUGUUUCCUCAUCAAAUUAGAGAAGGAGCAGAAUUCAUCUGAGAUUAUCUACACUCCUGAAAACCUUGUGCGUUCUGUGCUUGAACUGUUUUUUGCUGGGACAGUAAGCACAAGCAAUGCUUUGGUCUCCAGCCUACUUGUGAUGGCCAAAUUGCCACACCUUCAAGCUAAAGUGCAAAAGGAGAUUGAUGAGGUGAUGGGUACAAAUCGCAUUCCAAGCAUGGAAGACCGUUUGAAGAUGCCUUUCACAAAUGCUGUUCUCCAUGAGGUUCAACGGUGUUGGAAAGACAGUCUUGAGACCUUUCCACGGGCAACAACCUGUGACAUAAAAUUCCAUGGUUAUAACAUUCCCAAGUACAUGGCUAUUGUGCCAGUCCUCCCCUCUGUAAAUUAUGAUCCUCUCCAUUGGGAGACUCCAGAGAAGUUCAAUCCAGAUCAUUUUUUGGAUGAAAAGGGCCAGUUCAGGAAAAGAGAUGCUUUCAUGGCAUUCUCAGCAGGGAAGAGGGCCUGUCCAGGGGAGGCCCUGGCUCGGAUGGAGCUCUUCUUGUUCUUCAGCACUCUGCUCCAGAACUUCACCUUCCAUCUGGAUGUGGACACCAAAGGCAUGGAUGUAAUAUCUUUCAUUAUGGAUUUCAAAGAUAACCAGUUCCCUUUUGUGCGAGCCAUUAAACGUUGA